UAAAAGAAAACAUUAUCUUCCUUGCUGAGCUUUUUGAUACCGUUGGAUGAAAAAGAAAAAUGGGUGGGUGGACCGAUUGCAAUUGACUCGGUUCUUCCCAGUUCACCCUUUUCUUUACGGUUGUCUGUAGAUCUCAAAUUUGAUCUGUGCUGCCAAGAAAUCCCUGGAGUAACAAUUGAUGGCUUCAUCCUCCAAAGACGAUAGCAAGUACGACGUGUACUUGAGUUCUGGAGGUGAAGACACACGCAGGACCUUCACGGACCACCUCUACUGUUCAUUAAAAGACCACCGAGUCAACGUAUUCAUGUACGGAGACGAGUACGAUGACAAACUAGAAGAAAGUAAUGGAGCUAUACCAGAACAUCUGAUUCAAGCAAUCGAAAGGUCUAAGGUUGCCGUCGUCGUCUUCUCAAGAGGGUAUCCGGAGUCCUUGUGGUGUCUCAAGGAGCUGGUGAAGAUCAUGGAGUGCAGGGAAACACUGGGUCAAAUGUUUUUUCCAAUUUUCUUUGAUGUUGAUCCCUCAGAUGUCCGGAAACAGAGUGGUAGUUUUGCGCAAGCGUUUCAGAAAUACGAACAGAAAAUUAACGAAGACAAGGUAUGUCUCUGGAGAAAGGCUCUUUGGGAAGCUGGAGUUUUGGCCGGAUUAAAUUUUAGGGAGACUGACGGGCAUGAAGGAAACUUUAUCAGGAACGUUAUUUCUCAGAUCACUGGAAAACAGAGCAUCACCACAAGCUUAGAGGUACCCACCAACCUAGUUGGAAUAGAUUCUCGUGUGCGGGAAAUUAGUAAGCAUUUAAAUGUUGAAGGAUCAAAUGAUAUUCGCACAAUUGGAGUUUUGGGUAUGUGCGGACUGGGUAAGACAACGGUUGCAAAAGCCAUUUUCAACAAACAUCAUCAUAAUUUUGACGGUGCAAGUUUCCUUCAAAAGGUGAGGGAAAAGAAACUGGUUGAUUUGCAAGAACAACUUCUUUCUGAUAUCUUGAAACCGGCCUACAAAGUGGUAAGUUGUAUCGAUGAAGGGACCAAGGAGAUAGAACAAAGGUUAGGCAACAGAAGGGUACUUGUCGUAAUUGAUGAUUUAGACAGCGUUGAACAGAUAGAUGCUUUGGCUAUAAAACCUGACUCCUUUGGUCCAGGGAGCAGAAUCAUUAUAACUUCAAGAAACGAACAUUUGCUAAGGAUACUUAAUGUGUAUAAGAUAUGUCCUCUGCCAGCAAUGAAUGAAAGAGAAGCUCUUGAGCUACUUAGUUUGCAUGCCUUUAGAAAGAAUUAUCCUCAUGAAGAGUAUGUUGAGCUCUCAAGAAAGGCUGUUGGCUACUGUGGAGGUUUGCCACUUGCACUUGAAGUCUUAGGUUCUUAUCUAUGUUCAAAAAGCACAAGUGAAUGGGAGACUGUACUUGAUAAAUGGAAAAGAUCACAGCCUUAUUGGGAAUUCACAAAAGACUUGAAAUAAGCUAUGAUGGGCUAACUGAUGAUGACGUGAAGGCUAUAUUCCUAGACAUCUCUUGUUUCUUUGCUGGAAUGAACAAGGACUAUGUCAUGACAGUACUGGAUGGCUGUCAGUUUUAUCCAGAAAUAGGGAUUCGAGAACUCCAAGAUCAAUGCCUUGUAACUGUUGAUA